AAACAGUGAAUGAACAGAGGAGCGAAUCGGAACUGCAAAUCAUAAAGCAAAAGCAUUCUCCUGCUUCCUUAACCGAAUAAUUUUCUGGAUUAGAUUCUGGAUUGAGGUUACAGCUGGAAGCUUAAAAUGGAUGCCAUCAGCAACUAUGAUGAUGAAUCAUCAGAGUUCAAUAAAAGCAGCAUAUCUUUAAUGACUUCUUCUGGCGAUGAUAGUGUUCAAGACUCUGAAAGCCCUGUAGAGAUUAUAAAAAGAUUUGAAGUGGAAAUAGCAUAUAUUUGUGAGAAGCUGGCCAACUUGAACUUACUCUCAAUGCGUGUGGAAACUAAAGAAAAUGCCUUUGAGGCCCUUCUUUCUGAAAUGGACCCCGUUUUGGUUGUCAAUGCACUAGAAAUUGAUCUUUUAUCUGGGCUUUUGGAUUCAGAGGUAAGAGUACUAGAGAAACACAUAUCUGAUCUUCAGAUAGAGAAAGCUAAUGUAAUGGAGUUUCUAUCUUCACGCAAACCCUUUGGAGAAGAAGAACCUCUCAUGAGGAUGGAAGACAUGUUGAAUGGUUCUGGAAGAACAUUGGAGCAAUCACUGGAGCAGAUUUUAGAAAUAAAAAUACGAUCUGCCAACUUUCAGAGGAACUUGUUAAGAUUUGGUGGAGAGAAUGAAAACACGGAGUCCUUAGAAGACACCGAUCUUCUAGAACUUCAGGAGAAAAUGAAACUGCAAAAUGUGGAACAUCAGAGGCAUAUUUUAAGGAUGCUUGAGAAAUCUUGGGAGAGAGAAAUGGAUUUGGAGAAGAGGGUGAGCGAGUUAAAUGAAAUAAAAGAAUCUCUGACAAAAAGGCUGCAGUUGUCAGAACAAGAAAUUGUUUAUGCUCAUGAGGAAGCUGAAAUGACCUUAGAGAAGUUGUAUGAGGCAAAUUACAAAUCUGACCUCCUUAUGGAAAAAUCUAAAGAGUUAUUAAAUGAAAUCAAGAUGUUACAGUUCAAUCUCAAAGGUUCAUUUCAUCGAGAAGCUGAAUUAAGAAAUGGUUUGGUCAAACUCAAAGAACAAACUAAAGAAAGCGAGCUUCAGCAGGUUAAUGAGAAAGCAUCCAUGGAAAUUACAAUUAAAGAAUUGAGAGAAAAAGUUAUUGAAGCAGAAAAAAAGGCUGUGAAUGCUGAAACAAAGUCUCGGUUGUUAACAGAGACAUGUGAAGAACUCAAGGAUGCUAAUGAGAGAGUUGUUUCGCUUGAGAAAGAAGUAAAUGAUAUUAACAUUAAGUUACAGCAUGUGGAGGCAUGUUAUGAAGCUAGUCAAGAGGAAAAAAUCAUGCUGCAUUCGACAAUUAAAGACAUGGAUAAUGUAAUUGAAGACCUGAAGGAAAAGGUUUUGAAAAGUCAAAAUGAGACCGAUAGUGUGGAGGACAAGUGUAUCUUCUUGUCUGAGACAAACACAGACUUGAAAAAGGAACUUAGUUUUGCUAAAAGUAGGAUUAAAAGCUUAGAGGAAUCUUUGCAUCAAAUGGAGGAAUCCAAGAAGGCAACUGCUAAAGACAUAAGUCUUCGUACAAAGUUGAUAACAGAUCUUGUUAUGCAAAUGGCACUUGAAAGAGAACGCCUUCAAAAGCAGAUAUCUUCAUUGAAGCAAGAGAACAAAAUCUUGGUAAAAAAACGUGUAAAGAAAACUGAAGGAGAUCCUGCUGUAAAAGUUAGCCAUGGUGAUAAAGUUAACACUACAGAAAUCAAAGAAUCCCUAUCAACCAAUAUCCAGACAGAAAAGGAACAUGAGGAGAUUGUAAUGGGCCCCACAAUGUCUGAAUCAGAGCCAUAUAUUGCAAGAAACAUAGAUGCAUGGCAGCUUAAACCAAAACAGUACCUGUUAGUAGCCAUCAUCCUUAUCAUUUCUGUGUACUGGGGACUUCAAUUCUCACUUCUCACAUAGAUCAUAUGUAAAGAACAUGCUCAUAGAAAGCUUUAAUAAGUUUGUAACUUUUUUGCUUUAGGGUUUGUUUCGACUGUGUGUUGUGGAGCUG